AUGCUGUAUCGUGGCAUGCUCGGAAGCGGGAGGAAGAUUUGGCGAGAAGAUGGCAUCCGCGGUCUCUACCAGGGACUAGGUCCAAUGUUGCUGGGAUAUCUUCCCACCUGGGCUGUUUACCUAGCGGUCUAUGACCGGACUCGUGAAUAUUUCUAUGACCAGACCGGAAGCUGGUGGUUAUCCCGAGGCUAUGCUUCAAUCACAGCCGGUGCAUGCUCAACAAUCGUGACGAACCCCAUUUGGGUCAUCAAGACCAGGCUCAUGUCACAAAGCCUUAAACAAAACAGCGAAGGAGUGCGAGCCCCUUGGCAAUACUCAGGCACAUGGGAUGCUGCUCGCAAGAUGUAUCAAAUCGAGGGCAUUCGCUCCUUCUACUCUGGCCUCACCCCAGCUCUACUGGGACUAACCCAUGUGGCCAUUCAAUUCCCUCUCUACGAAUAUCUAAAAAUGGCAUUGACAGGAUAUGGUAUCGGUGAACACCCCGAUACUGGUAGCUCACACUGGAUGGGAAUAUCCCUCGCCACUUUCCUCAGCAAGGUCUGCGCAAGCACAGUCACAUACCCGCACGAGGUCUUGCGGACCCGACUCCAAACACAGCAACGGACUAUUCCGGCACAAUCCCACGAAGAGAUUGCGUUCCGCGGUGGAUUGAAACAUCCACAUGACCGCGGCCGGUCGGGUGGCAUCUCCUCCUCAGACGGAAUGCCCAGCCGCCCACGCUAUAAUGGCAUGGUGCGCACGUUCCAGACAAUCCUCAAGGAAGAGGGCUGGCGUGCAUUUUACUCCGGGAUCGGCGUCAACCUGUUCCGGGCCGUCCCGGCUGCAAUGACGACUAUGCUCACCUACGAAUAUCUGCGGAAGCAGAUCAAUACCUUGCAGCAUGAUGGUGCGCUGAGGAUCCAGAUGGAAGAACAAGCUCGGGGAUCCAUCUGA